GGAAUGUCCAAGAUAUAACAAUGAAUACACAUCGAGGUGUAGAAACGACACAACUCUCAGGAAGAAGUGAAUUGAUAUCAUGGGUCAAUACAACCAUUGGUGUCAAUAUAGAACGUAUAGAACAAUGUAGCAACGGAGCUAUAUACAUACAGCUAAUUGAUUCAGUACACCCAGGGAAAGUACAACUAGCAAAAGUCAAAUUCAAUGCCGAACUAGAAUACGAACUAAUGGGAAAUUAUAAAGUACUGCAAUCGGCGUUCAUUAAACUUGGAAUCGAAAAGGUAAUAGAUGUGCAAAAACUAAUCAAAGGAAGAUACCAAGAUAACCUAGAAUUCUUACAGUGGAUUAGAGGAUAUGUAAACUCAAAACGAACUGCUGAAACACAUACAUACGAUGGAAAUAGAAGAAGGGUAACCGCGGUUAUUAGGAAUUGUAUUACGAAAAAAGCAAACGCACACCUUAACCUAGGAACUGUUACAAGUGCACUGCCGGUAUGGGCACAUAAUGGAGUUAAUGUGGAACUUAUCAAAGAUUGCAUCAAUAUCGUGAAAACAGGUAAUGGCAACGGUAACAGUAGUGGAAGUAGCAAUACACUUGCAUCGAGCUUAGGGAGUAGCAGUACAGAUAAGGGAAUAAUGGACUCCAUCCCACUAACUACUGAAAUAAAGCCUGAAUAUGAUGAUAGAAAACGUAAAUUGGAUAUUAAAAGGAAUAUUAAUAACACUUGCUCAAGGUCAUCAACUAUUGAUACACAGUUUAAAGAUAGCACCGAGAACACGUACAAAGAUGAACUGGAUACUGCAAAUAAAGAUAUAGAAAAACUGAAAAUCAUACUAGAAGCAAGUGAACGUGAAGUAAAUUCACUUAAAAUGCAAAUAGAUGCACAAAAUACCGAGAUGAAUGAUAUCAAGGAGCAGGUUAACAACUACAAGGUACAAAUAGAUAAACUAGAAAAUGAUCUGAAAACACAAAAGGCACAAAUUGAACAGUUGAAAAUACAAUUAGGACAAGCACAAGCAGAGAAACAGGUAGCCAAAAUGAGUAAAGAUUUCUAUUAUAACAAAUUAAGGAAAAUCGAAAUCAUGUGCCAGAAAAAUGAAAAUGGACACUGCGACGUCAACAAACUGUUCGACAUCAUGUACGCAACAGAUAGUGUACUCUAAACAAACAUAA